AUGAAAAAAUCACUUACUCCUACUUCCGAAACUAAAUAUAAUUGUUCUCAAAAAAUACACCUACUUAAAAAAAAAAGAAACAAGGAUAUGUUAAGUUAAGCUGUUUAAGAAAUGAAAAAUCCAUUUGAUCCUUUAUAAGUUUCUAAAGCAUUAAAAUUUCUAGAAAAUCAUGUGCAAAGAAAGGCUUUAUUAGAUUAAAUCAUUUACAUUAGAGAGUAGAAACGUAAAAAGGAAGAAUUUUAUAAGAUGUCUUCCAUGAGAGGAAUUCUCAAUAAAGUUUCAAAGAGAUUUUCAAUAGUGAAAAAUUAAGAAAUUAAAUACAAUAGAGAUCACAAUGAUUUUAAAAUUAUGCAAGAGGAAAGAAAUAAAUUUGACAAACUCUAAUAUGAAAAUUUAAAUAUCUAAGUCAAUGAAAAAAGACCAUAAUUCAGAAGAUUAUCUAGCUUAAGUUUCUUAACAAAAGAGACUGAUUAGAUAAAGUUCUAAGCAGAAUAAAAUAAUGAAUAACAAGCUUUAUUCGUUCGCAGAUAAACCUAAAGAAAUGCAACACUUAUGGUUAAUGCAAUUCUUAAAAAAGAGAUGUAUCUUAAUUAUAAUUAAUAUCUUUUAGACCUGCAAGUCCAGGAAGUUCAGAAAAAAUGAUAGGAAAUAAAAAAUUCAAAAAGUUAUUAUCGUAAGACUAAGUCAUAGAGUGA